UCCCUGUCGUGGUCGACGACGGCAUUUACGCACAAACGAAAACCCAGCUUGAGGACCUUAGUAUUUCAGAGAUGAUGCAAAAAUUCAAAAUUCAAAUUGAUUCUAUUGUCUUAUUUUAUAGGCAUGGACAGAAUGAAGCCUCCAAUGAUAACGUGAACAUUUGAAACGACAACUGCCAGCAAGCAAUAUAAUGCCGAAUUAUGAGCAUGGAGCUUGGCAUCCUGAUUUUUAUAUGGACUAUGUUCUUCUAGAUGCUCUUAACAGAUGGUUCUCACAUGGAGCUGAGAAGAGCCGAAACGGACAUGGAUUUGAGAAUACUUUGGAAAGCAGUUGGGAAGUGGACACAAAAUGGACAUCGCAGCCACAAAACAACAUUAGUAACUUCUCUUCUGCUGCUACUCCGUCAUCUUCUUCUUCUUCGUCUGCUGCUACUGCUACAGCUGAUUCUACUGCUGCUGCUUCUUCUUUGCUGAGAAAUCAACACCUUUGGACCUUCGUAGCCAAUUGCUGAUCCUUAGACUAAUUAGGUGUUACAUUAUGUGAGUUGAUUUAGAUCAUAAUCUUUUUCUUCUUCUCUUCUUCUUCUUCUUACUUACUAACAAAUCUAGUCUUCUAAAUUGAUGUAGGGUGAUUUUAGGUAAUUGAUAUCGCCAACAUUAGUUUCAUUAGUAGUUAAUUUCAAUAUGAAACCUUUUACACUACACUUAAAAUAUUGGAGGAUUCAGGGCAAGGAUUUUUUCUCAUUUUCUCAUGUGAUUCACGAAAUGAAGAUUCAAUAUUCAAACAUAGAAAUAGUAGUAGAUAUCUGGUUGAAUUUCGCAGAGCUUAAGGUACGUUUAGACUUGUUUACAAAUUUCUUCAGAAAUUUGUAUGAGAUUCAAAGAUGAUCAAACCAAAAUUGGAAGCGCGUACUUUUCAAAUAAAUUUCACUUCUAAUUGAGUAUUUUAGUAGGGUUAAUUGAAUGUUUAAUCAUAGAAAAUCAUUAGUACCCUUUCAGUGUACAUGGAGUGAUCCGUGGUCUAGUGGAUAGAGUGCUUGCGUGGCAGCAUAGGAAUCCCGGGUUCAAACCCUCUAAUUACCAAAAGUUUUUUAACUAGAUCACUCCCGUGUUAUCGGACGGACAC